GAAGAUGGCGAUGGGCUUUGUGAUCUAGGGAGUUUUGCUUCCUUUCUUUUCAAGGGGUUGAAGGGCUUGGUUUCGAACACCUCAUUGCCUCCAUCAGCUACACUCUCCUCAUCUCUUGCUGAGGCUGCUGUGCCGAAGGGCCAGCGCGAAGAUGACAGCCAGUGUUCGCUUGCAGGUGCCAUCACUGCUGCCAUCAUGAAUGGAGACUAUUGUUCUGAUGAUUCUGGUGGUGAGAAGCAGGAUGCCGUCCCCAUGAACGCUGCUCGUCCCCAUGGACAAGAUGCCGCAGCUGCUGCCGCCGCCAUGGAAGGAGAGCGUCCAGAUGCAACACCUCCAGAUGCUGAGGCUGCCCCUGCUGCCGACGGACCAAUCCCUUCAACUUCAGAUGCUGCGGCUGAUCCCGAUGGACCAACUUCUUCACAGGCAGCGGCUGCCCCUGCCGCCGAUGGACCAAUUCCUUCAGAAGCUGCGGCUGCUCAUGCCUCCGAUGAGCUGCCAAAGCCUUCAGAUGCUGCAGCUGCUCCUGCCGCGCGUGAACCAAACCCUUCAGAAGCUCCAGCUGCUCCUGUCCCCGGUGGGCCAACACUCCAAUCCGCUGGUGGUGUUUCCCUUGAAGACUGCCAGGAACAGCUGGACCAUGCUUGUGGGCAGUAUCCAGACUUGGCAAAUAUUGAAGCCAGCUGUGCUGAAGUCAUGGCAGCUCUCUUGCGCAAAGAGCACUAUUCAGAUCCUGCUUCAAAGAUCCUGUCCAACUUGGCAAGUCACCCUGAUCUUCUCAUUGCCGCAUCCAUUUGCUCUGGCACUGGGUCGUUUGAACAGGUCUUGCAUCAUGCUACCAUCGCACUGCGAGAAGCAUUUGGCUUGUGUAGCGGCCAUGUGGAGCCAGCUUUUGCUUCGGAGUUGGUGGAUAAUAAAGCUCGCUACUGCAUGUCGGUCCUCACAGAGCUGACAGAUGGUGGCGAGUUUUGCAUGUAUAAGGAUGCAACAAAACUAUUGGACGAUAGCUCCCGACAGUGCGCGAUGCAUUGUGGUAAGCCUUGCCGCUUGCCCGAGAAGUUGACUUGCUUCAGUGCAGGGUUCAGCUGUACUUCAUACAGUAUGCUUAGCAAAGAUGCAACCAAGAAUGCCACAGCCAUGCAGAAAGCAAAGGACGAUGACCCGGAAGGACACGUGGCCAGCGUCACAACCUUUCAUGCCUGCCUGGAUGUUGUUGACACGAGCCGACCCACGUGGGCAAUCUUUGAGAAUGUGGAAUCAAUAGAUCGCGAAGUGGACCCAGACACGCAAACCAAUCUCCAGCUUUGCUUAGCAGCUUUGGAAGAGAGAGGUUACGUUGCCCGGAGUUUCUUGCUGGAUGCCCUUUGGUACGGCCUACCUCAAUCUCGGCGACGGGUGUACAUUGUAUGCCUUGCUGUGGGCGAUCGCGAAAUAGGCUGUUCUGCUGAGGACUUUUUUAACAGCGUUGAGAACCUUCUGGGCAAGCUCUACAUGGAUGCACCCCCAGCGGACGAGUUCCUUCUUCCGGAUGAUGACCCUCGUGUGCUUCAGUACCUCGAUACGCUGAAGUCCGAGAGGGACAAGAAAUUGUCCAAAGAUGAGGAAAAGGAGGAGAGACUGGAGAAGUGGAUGGCCUUGCAUAUGAGCGUCGCCGAGAAGCGCGGGAUUGAGUGGCCACUACAAAUUCAUCCAGAUAUUCGGCAGUCCGAGUGGUUUGGGAUCUUGACAGAGCGUGCAAAAGAGGUGGUGGGCUUUGGUUCUGACGAGCGAGAGCGCUUGGGUCGGCGCAUUGACUACUGCGACUGCUACCAUUCUGCAAACCGCUAUGCAACAUCACACACGCAUUUUCCGAUUUGCCUGCCCAGGACAAUCGGAUGGUCCUAUGUAAGGCAAAGAUUGGUGCUUGGAAGAGAGCUGAUGAUGCUACAGGGACACACCCCGCUUAACGAUGAUGCCAACAUUGACGAGGGCAAACCCUUUUCAGAGUCCCUUUUGGGAAACUUGGCAGGAAACGCGCCGCUUGGACAGUGCCAGUGAUUGAUACGGUACGUUUUUAUUGUUUCAUAACUUAACUGAGUAUCUAUAUUUGUCAACGUUUGUCAUAUGUUUGGAUAUAUACAGCAGUAUACAAACAAACCAAUAGACUGAGCAUUGUGAUUGGGACGACUGCUGCCAUUAAUGCAUUGUUUCAGUCCUUUUGUGAGCGAAAGGUAAGUCUACAGAGGUUUUUAUCAAGGCUUAGAGCCCAUGCAGACUGUCACCUUUCAUAUUGCAUGGUGGCUUGAGGUUUGCAGGGAAUGUCCUUUGCGCGGUCAUCAUGUCCGUGCUGUGUUCGAUUCGAUAUGUGACAGUAUCGGAGUUUGAUGAAACCGAUGAGAUCAUGGAUCUUGUUUCACAACUCGGUUCUUAGAGUUCUAUGUGCAGUGCAGGUUCAGUACAGCAAUUGAUGGAUUGUAGCUUUGCUGUUUUUCAAUGCAGCAUGCGAAGUAGCUGCAUUGUUGGGAAGCCAAGCCGCAGCCAUCCCAUCCAGAGUUUACUCCAGCAGCGAUCAAAG